AUGCCGAAGCUCUGGAUGAUGGACGACUACGACGAGUGCCUCGAGCGGCCUGCUCCGGAGGAGCCCGACGGGGUGUACUGUACCGCGACGGUCGUCCUCAAGCCGGACAACCGAUCGGAUCUGUGGCGGUUGAUUGAGGACUUUUCCAGCGACUAUAAGCGCCACUUUAACCAUGCUGUCCUGAAGCGCGGUGUUUGCAUCCAUCGCUGCCAGCAAACCCUGGAAAGUCUCACUCCGACGGUGCGCGGUUCACUCCUUGUGGACGAGUUCCCAAUUAACACAAAGUACAAGUUUGAUGAAAGAAUCUUCCGCAACUCGGCGGCCGAUCGUGCCAAGUACGACGAUAUGGUAGAGGUUUGCAUCAACAAGCAGCUCAACGAAACGUACGGUUUGUUGGCCCACGCUGAGGUGCAAUCCUGCGAUACUUCGUCCAGCGAGAUAGAGCUCGACGCGCUGGACUACUCGUUUGUGGCCAUCUUCUCUCUGCUGACACUGCUGGUCGUGGUGUCCUCUUGGUACGACGGGUCGAUCAACUACAAACAGCACCCGAGCCACUACCAGCAGGAGCUGGAUAGCAAACGCAAGAUGGUUUGGGCAGCUUUCUCGAUCCAGCGUAACUGGUACCGGUUGACCUCUCGGUCGCACGAUGAAACCCACAAAAAGUUGCGCUUUUUCCAAGCGCUACGCUUCCUUACGAUGAUGCUGGUCAUUUUCGGGCACGCCGUCCUGUUGUUGGUCGUCUCCCCGACGACCCAUGUGGAAAAGUUCGAAAAGAUGUUUCACAACGUAGCCAGCAUGAUUCUCACGAAUGGCGUUCAAAUCACGCAAGUGUUUCUUGCGAUGAGUGGCACACUGUUGGCGGUGCAGUUUCUUGCGGUGGCGGAAAAGCGCCACGGCCAGAUCAGCGUCCUGUACGUCCCGAUCGCGAUCGUGUAUCGGUACAUCCGGUUGACUCCUGUGUACGCGUUCGUGAUGCUGUUCCACGCGACCUGGCUACUGAAGCUACAGACGGGACCCCUUUGGCGGUGGGGCGCUGAAACGGAACAGUUCUUUUGCCGUCAUCAUUGGUGGACCAAUCUGCUUUACGUGAACAAUUACGUGCAUGCCGAUCAGCCGUGCGUUCAGCAGGGAUGGUACCUGGCGGCAGAGUUCCAGAUCUUCAUCGUGGCCAUGGUGGUACUGGUUGCGAUCGUUAAGUUUCCUCGCCUGAAGAUCGCCAUCCUAGUGCUGGUCAUGGUGGUGGCAUACCUAAUUCCGGCUGCCUUCAUCUACUAUCAGAAGCUCGACGGGACGUUCGUUGUUACGCUAGAAGCCCAACGGUAUGUCCUGUGGCACGAUGAGAACUACCUGAAGUCCUACAUCCCGUCGCACGUCAACUUUGGCAACUACAUGCUCGGCGUGCUGACGGGGGUUAUUUAUCUGGAGCUGCAGAAACGCUCGAUCAAUCUGGCCGAUAGCAAAGUGUUCCGGGCCGUGUGGUACCUCAACAUCCCGUUCAGCCUGCUGACGUUGCUACCGUCGUACGUGUUCUACGUGCAGGAGUUUGAAAAACCUUCCCUCUGGAUGGCGAUCUAUUUUGUGGUGUCAAAGAACCUCAUCGGCAUCGAGCUCGGCGUGCUGUUUCUAGGAAUGAUCUACGGCGUUAGCCGGACGACACAGCGUGUGCUAAACUAUCGGUUCUUUGAGCCCCUGGGGCGGCUGGCGUACGGUGCGUACCUUAGCCACCCUCUCGUAAUGCGCUACAUGUACGUCAGUGCCCGUGGCCCGGUGUAUUACAGUGACUUGCUGACGGUUACCAUGUGGUUCGGUUCGGUGGUGAUGUCGUGUGUGGUGGGCUUACUGUUGUGCUUCUUAAUUGAGCUGCCCACCACUUCGUUACAAAAUCAUCUCUUCGGAGGACUGAUGGGUCGAAAAAAACACAACCGUGUCGAUCCGGAAGCAGCAACGAAUGGUGGCGAAACUCCGAUCGCAUCAGGACUAGAGGCAAAGAAAACAGAUCUGUAG